AUGUGUCGGCGAUGCACUAGAAUCCUGAGCAUUCGGGAGGAUCGUUGUGUAGCGUCUACGGCCUCAAAGGCUCUCCUUGGACAAAGACGACGUGGGCAAUCUCUAGAUCUUCUCGCAAAGUCUAGAGAUCAAUGAAGUGGGUCGUCGAAUCGUCUCCAGUGGCUGUCACCCGGUGGAGUAGAAAAACGGCAACUUUGCGACUCUCCGGCGGCUGUCACCCAACAGAGAGGCACUAGAUGGAGGUGGGGCACGUGUCAGGGAGUUUCAUCCUUAGGUCCGCGCAGCAAGAGGAAGCUCUUCAUCGCAUCUGGUACACUCUCAAGAGGUGGCGACUGGUCUCCCGGCUUAUUCCUUCACCGGCGAUCUACAGGAAAGUCACGAUAAUCAAAUAAAAAUAUAUGAAUUUUGACUCUAGAAGGAUUCAAACCCGCGUCGGUCGCUUGCCUGUGAAGAAGGUGUGACGCAGGUUUAGUCCCACAUUGGUUGUGCGCCGAUUUUUUGGGCGAAUAUAUAGUAAUAUUAACUUUGCAAGCAAAGUCCCUUCUCUCGCGUGUACGACAACUCCUUGCCCCACAGCCGGCUGGCCACCAGUGACGUGGAAGGGGAGUGGCACACACGUGCUCCUAUCGGUCUAA